AUGCUACGGACUCAGAAGCUCAUUCCAGCCUUCACCAAGUGUGCCCACACUUUCGCAGCAGUCACCCACCCUCCCCAGCCAGGAGUCGUUCGACCUUCUGCCCAAGAAGUAAAAAACUCUUUACUUGACUCAAGAAACCUUGAAAAGGCUGUGCGACACAUACACAGAGACGGGUUGGUUGUUGUCGAAGAUGUUGUCCCUCAUCAAGACAUUGGUAUUCUUAACGAGAAGAUGAUUGAGGAUGCCCGUACCCUACAGGCUCGAGGCGAUAAAGGACCAUUCAAUUACAACAAGGGAAACAUCCAACAAGAUGCUCCUCCUGUAGCUGAGUAUUUCCUACCCUCUAUUUUUACGAACACAAUCGCCACGCAAAUCACCACUGCAAUGAUGGGCCCUCGACCCAAAUGGACUUUCUGCUCCGCCAAUUCUGCAAUGGCUACUCUACCUGGCGAUACUCCUCAGAGACAACCCGUUCACUCAGACGCAGACUUUGCGCAUCCAGACCACCCCUUCGCCCUCGUGAUCAACAUCCCUCUAGUCACAGUUACACCAGAGAACGGAUCCACCGAGAUAUGGCUUGGCACCCAUAACACAGGUGGUAUUGAUGCACAAGAAGGAGCCCACGGAGAGAGAGCCAGCGGUCGAAUUAGAGAAGAUCUUCUCCUGCAGCGUCAAGCGAUCUCACCUCCCGUGCAACCUGCCAUCAAGAAAGGCAGCAUCAUCGUGCGGGAUCUGAGGCUCUGGCACGCCGGGAUGCCCAACACGACACAGGAGACUAGAGUGAUGCUCGCCAUGAUCCACUUUGCCCCGUGGUUCAGAAACAGAAUGAGACUUGAGCUGGGCGACGAUGUUAAGCCCAUUCUAGAGGGCCUCGAGAGUGAAGGAAAGCUGGGGUUGGAAGUGCCGGUGGAUUGGGCUAGCACGGAGGCUGUGCUUGAGGGUUACCUGAACCGAGGGUUCGGAAAUAGCUAUGAUUUCAGCCAAGAAGCUUGA